GCUGCUGGGACCCCAAACCCAGGAGGCUGUUCAGCGGAGGCUCCGCAGGGGGACGGCAGGAGCACGAAGGCGGAGGUGCAGCGGCGGAGGAGCGGGACCCCGGGCUGCCUUUGGGCCCGCUGGGGCAGGCAGGGGCUGCGGCAGCCCCCGCAGACGCCCGCCACCGUUUUUUAUCCCAGAGAGGGCAGGCGGGAGCCGGGACCGAGCAGCUGCUCGGCUCUCACGGACCGCGGCGGCCCGGCGACGGGGGGGGCGGCGGGGCGGCCCCUCCGCCCAGGGGCGGGCUCCGCGCUCUCCCCGCCCCGCCACGGGCCGCCGUCCCCGCCGCCGCGGCCGCCAUGGAGGAGCAGAAGGAGAACCGCCCGCAGGCCGCCCCCAACGAGGCGCCGGCGCCGCCCGGCCCCGUCGCCUGCCCGCCGGCAGCACUGUAGGAUCAGUGAUCAAGAAACUAAUGGGAAAAACUUAACUGCCAGUUCGCAUGACUUCAGUGAUCCAGUUUACAAAGAAAUUGCUAUAACCAAUGGCUAUAUCAACAGAAUGACCAGAGAGGAGCUCAGAAGUAAACUUGCAGAGUUCAAGCUUGAAACCAGAGGAGUGAAAGAUGUGCUGAAAAAGAGGCUGAAAAACUAUUAUAAGAAACAGAAGCUGAUGCAGAAGGAACCCAUUAAUGGAGACAGCUGCUAUGACUACAUCUGUGUUGUUGACUUUGAAGCAACAUGUGAAGAAGGAAACCCGCCUGAAUUUGUACAUGAAAUAAUUGAGUUUCCUAUUGUCUUACUAAACACGCGUACCCUGGAAAUAGAGGAUACCUUUCAGCAAUAUGUGAAGCCAGAGAUUAAUCCCAAGCUUUCAAACUUCUGCAUCAGUCUGACAGGAAUCACCCAGGACAUUGUUGAUAAAGCUGAUACGUUUCCUCAAGUUCUGCAGAAUGUCAUAGAGUGGAUGAGACAGCGAGAACUGGGAACAAAGUACAGCUAUUCCAUGUUGACAGAUGGAUCUUGGGAUAUGAGUAAAUUCUUGAACAUCCAGUGCCGUAUUAGCCGUAUCAAAUACCCUUCUUUUGCCAAAAAGUGGAUCAAUAUUCGUAAAUCAUAUGGGAACUUCUAUAAGGUUCCUAGGAACCAGACCAAGCUGACAAUCAUGCUUGAAAAGCUGGGCAUGAAUUACGAUGGGAGACCUCACAGCGGACUUGAUGACUCUAAAAACAUUGCAAGGAUAGCUAUAAGGAUGCUGCAGGAUGGCUGUGAACUGCGGGUGAACGAGAGAAUGCAUGCUGGACAGCUUAUGACAGUCUCCUCCUCAGCCCCCUUAGAGGGAGCCCCUGCUCCACAGAUGCCCCGCUACAGAAACUAGAAAUUCGGGGGUUCUGCCUUAGGAACUGCUCUCAGAUACACGCUAGACUGUUAACAGCUUAUUAAACGGCCACCUCUGCCAACCUGUCUGCAAUGCAGAAUCUGAAAGCACCUUAACUAAUAGUCUCUGUUGAAAUAAAGAGGAGUGUGGAAGCUCUUUGCUCUUUGAAGCCUCUGUUACGGCAUUGGUUUUUUUUUUAAUAAUGAUGAUUGUUGUUGUUGUUGUUUUUUGCAACUUUUCUAGCAGUAAGGUUGAUAUGCGGAAUCCAGGCAAAGUGUUAAGCUUUUAAGAGCAUGUAAUUUAAACACGUGCAAAGAUCGAUUGGGCUUGUGCACUGCUGUUCCACCCCAGCCUGUGGGUAGUAUUUAUUCAGUAUGCUGUACUGUAGUGAUAUCUAGCAUCUGAUUAUUCAUUGCACACAAAUAAGACAUUGCUGGAAGAACUGAAAUAGCAAGUGGUCAGGCUGGCCUUUCCUGAUAAGGCAAUCUUCUAAGGGUUCCUGCUGGUAAUUGUUUUUGCUUUUUUUUUUUACAAAGUCUAGGAGAAAUGGGAGCAUGUUCAUCAAUUCUAAAGCGGUAGAGAAGCACUGCGUUGCUUAGGUUUGUUGGGGGUUUUUUUGUUUUUUUUCUUUAAGGGAUAUGUUUGUCUGCUUCCACAUCAAAUAGAAGCUGAGUAUUGAAUAAAAAUUCUAUUAAUGCAGUAUGAUAGUAAUUUUUUUUAACCUGUCUUUAAAAAGAGAAGGUUCUUCAGAUUUUCACUUUGAUGAUCGUGUCUCCUGUUCCUGCUACACUCAUAUCUGCAUUUCGUUUAAUGUCGCUUCUAGACACUGUCAGCCAUUUGGACUUAAGAAUGAGUGAAGUAAAAAUAAGUUCAAAACAUGCCAGAUCAUCAAAAUUUUGUGCUCUGUGGUUGUUACAUAAAACAACAAGAAGCUUCUAGUUCAUCGUUAAAGACAUACUCAACUAUUUUUGGUACCUUCCUGUACCUCUGCCACCAUAAAGCUAUGCCUUUAUCUCAAAAUCUAACAUUGGAAGAUUAAUGUAAUUUUAUUAGUAAAGGCCACAUCUAAUUAUUAAAAAGUUCUACUUUCUUCCUAGACCCCAGAUAAGAUGAUAUUCAAGAGAGACCAAAGUGUUGAUUUGCUUUGUCUCUAUGGGCUUGUUUAUGAAGUACAACAUUAAUGUGAUCAACUUUGCAUUAGGAUGGCUUGUUCUGAAAAGCAGAAUGAUGAAUUUUGAUUGCUCUCAGUCAAAAAAAAAAAAAAGUUAGUAUCCCUGUAUUGUAAUUCAUUCAUUCUUUCUACCACUUACAUACAGGAAACAAAAUAACCGAUUCAUAAUAAAGCUUUGUUGAGAAUAUUCACUGCUUGGCUAAUCAGACUCCUCCCAGCUCCCCUCGCUCUUCUGGCUGUUAAAUCGGAUCAAUGGAAGCGUGAAAACUUUAUUUUAAAUUCAUGUGAGAGAGAGAAGUAUUAGUCGAUUCUCGGUUGCUUCAUGUGUAGGAAGGAAGCAGUUUUCUCUCCAGAGUCACAGACUUUGGCAGACACAAGUGCAUUAGAAUUAUGUUAAUUUUUUUCUGAAAGUAAAUACUGGUUCUAUAGUUUUGUUGAACUUUAUAGUGUCCUUUCUUUCUGUAGCAAUACUUGAUGUAUUUUCAGAAGGGUAAAAUCCAAGCCUCUGAUAUGCUUACUCUGAAAUUACCAUUUAUUUGUUAGCCUGUACUUUGUACAAAUUGUUAAUUAUAUAUUUGCUUUUCACUAUAGCAACCAUAGUAUCCUCUUUUCUGAAGAACCAUGGUAAUCUACUUUUUUUUUUUUUUCUCUCUCUGAGUUACUGUGGUGCCGGUUUCCAUGAUAAAAUUGAGUCUAGCUCAGCAGAUCCCCCUUGGGGUGCUGGCAGUAUCAUAGACUUUGUCACCAGUCUUUUAUUUACAGGUCUGCAACCAGGCUCACAGUCCAGUGAAAAGCUUUAUUUGUUACAGAUUAUACUACAGGUUUCAUAAGUGAAGAGACCUGGUAAUUUUACAUCAUUUAUUUUAAGUACAGAGUUGUUUGUUUUUGUAAAUAACUUCAAAAGGAUACUUUGAGAUAAGGGUUAAAUAUUAAUAGUUGUUUUGUGUUUACUGCUUGAGUAUUUUUUUUAAUCAGAGUUGCAGAAAUCAGUAGAAUCAUUCCAGAUACUAUUUUAUCCAAGUUGCAUUAAUGUCAAACCGUAAGCCGUAACGUUUCACAGAAUGUUUGAUUCUGUGAUUUUGAGAUGAAGUGAAUUUUAUCCAUGUUCGUUAGUUUACUUGAAAUGUAAAUAAACUAAUGAAGAUAA